UCUUGUAAAAAUUUGAGUGCUGCAAGACUGAGCACCACUGCAUUCCUGUUGAGAGGCUUAGCCUGAGGGGUCUGCGCUGACACUCCUCUCAACCGCAGCCCUACAUUGUGAAACCUGAGCAGACGAGCGACAACAUGCCUCUUGAGGGAGAAGUACGUUUACAAAAUAGAGCACUGUGGUGGUUGCUGCAAUCCUGAGACAGAUUCUGUGAAAAAUCUGCAGUGUUAACCUAAAACUGGCAUCCUUGAGACAAGUAAAACAACUGGCCGUUUCUUCAGUUCUUAUUUUGCCACGUUGGGCUCCUUUUACUUUCUCACAAACAGACUUACAAUUAAUAUGCAGCUGGACUUUUUCCCCCCAACACAAAUCAAACAUUUAUACUGAAUUAAUGGUGUCAGCAGAAAAUGACAUUUGGCCUUAAAGCUAAAGUAAUAUUUACGAUUUUAUCAAUUACACUUAUGAUGAUAUUAAUACAGUUUAGUUUCUCCAAAGAGGGUUAAUUAAUCAAACAGUAAAAAACAUUUUGCAUUUCCAUUUAUAACAAUAAUCAUAAAAUGAAGGUUUAUUUUUAAGAGCACAGGAUAAUAAAUCUUGAUCAGUUAUUUCUCUUUCAAGACGUGGUUAAUCAUAUGUCCUUACAUGUAUUUAUCCAAUUAAAAUUUAUAUUACUAGGGCCUAGUGGUUUACAGCCAACUAUGUGUCCUAUCUGCCAAAUAUUUUCUUAAUUAAUAUUAUUUAAACAGAGAACUAACUAGGGCCACCCUGCUUUAAUUACUUCCAUAUUUGAUAGAGGAACUCUAAUGUGAUUUUCAGGUGCUAAGACUAACAUACACAUUCAUUACUGUCAAAAGACUUGUCCUGAAGGUUUGAAGUUUACUUCUGACUAAUUUAGUCAAAAUAUUUCCCUCCUUGUUUCUGAUAGUCAUGGACUGGGAUCUACGCUGACUUGCUGCUCCUUUACAGCGCUGGUCCCAAGUCUGAGACACGUGAAAGCCUGCUGUAUGGUGACAGCACCUUCUUUCAGUGAAUUAUUGCUAUUUCUUUAUCUAACGGCCUGACAUAUACAGUUAAUGAUUUACUCCAAUCACUCGUGUAGCUUUUUAAAAAGCAGCCAUAAACAUGACUUCCACCAUGACAGUAAUGAAACAAUCUGUGUUUUUUUUUUUACUGUGAGAUUGAUAACAGACUCCAGGUCACAAAGAAACCUAGUUGGCUCAAAUCAGAUAAAGAGUCUAUCAUCAGGUCAACCCGGUUAUCAGUAGUUUUAAAGAUCAUUCAUUAUUUUGAUGAAAUGAGCUAGAAAUUAGGUAGCAAGAACAAACCACGAGCGGUGUUUGCAGGAGAGGAGAGAGGAAGAGAGCGAGAGAGGGGGAGAGACCCUGACCUGUGGUUGAGUGUGGGUGUAAACUGCUUCAGUCAGUAGCAGGUGCACAGUUACAGCAUCCUGACAAGUUAUCCUGCUGCUGAACACCAGCGGUCACUGCAUCCAUGAGAUCCUCAACCGGUGAGUGAUGACGUUUUCCGUUUCAAUAUUCUUCUUAGUUGAAUUAAUUGCACUUCAGUUCUACACGCGCAGCAUAUAGACAAAUUAAGUUAAAUGAAGAUUAAAAUGAACUGUAUCAAAUUAUCAAUGUUUGGUGGAAAUUUGAAAUUUCGUAGAUUUCCUGAUGAAGAGAAAGAAUCAUCUUUUUUGUAUUCAAAAUUUGAGGGUUUCUUGGGCUUCUUAAAUUCUAGAAGAUCACAUCAAGAUCAACUCAGCAGUUUAGAUACUCAUCAGACACUUAGUAUUGGUGAUAACGGACUCAGUUUUUAUCACAUCCCCAAAGCAGACAACAAAAGAAACUCAGGAUUAUGUGACUUGCAAAAAAUGGUCAGACUUUGAGAAAAAAAUGUUUUUAAAUGCCUUAUCAUGUCAUAUAAAAUAAUUAAAACAAUAAUGAAAAGAAAUACUUUAAUUUAACUGAAAAUAAUAAUGUAGUAAUGAUAAGUGUUCUUGUAUUCAAAUUAACCUCACAUUUCUUUAAUUUAAUAUUCAAGGGCAGAGUAUAAUAUAAUGUUAAGAUAAUACCAGGAGCUCUCUUGUAAGUCCUCGGUCAGUGGUAUUGUUUCAGUUCAAAUCAAUGUGUUUGACUCCCUAAAUACCAAAAAAAAACAACAAAAAAGACAAAAAAAGUUGAAUUAUCUAAAUGACGGAGGAAAAAAUGACCAAAAUCAUGACAUAUGCUAAACUCACUCAGAAGCGCAUCGAUAAAGACGUCUGACAGUCAGACCCUCGAUGAUAAUGACUGAAUGACGCUAAACUGAACACCUUCUUACACACCACAAACUGCAGCCUCUAAAUGACCAAGCUCAAUCACCACUUCUGACAAUCUUAUCAAAAGUUAAACUUCCAGGCUUCAAUAAAUGUAAAUUUACUGCAGGACAACAGUAUUAUAUUGUGAGGUGGUUCUUUUUUUUCCCACUCUGCGUGUAAUGAAACCAAAUGUUUGCUUGUUUUACGAGCAGGAAGAUGCAGUUAAAACUUAAUUGACUGACUGUUGUCUUGCAUAUUAAAUAUGAAUUCAGCUGUGUUAGUGGUGGCAGUGUGUUCAUCUCACCCUGUCACUUCAGCAAAUUUACAAUCCAUAAAACACCAGACAUUCCACUUUAUUAUUUACUUGUCAACAGGUUGAACUCCAGUAGAAGCAACUGAACAUGUUCCUUCCUCCCAUCUGAUGUUUGCUUCAACCAACUGAAUUUCUUCUGGAUAUGAGAGCGACACUGUGAUUUAAACUGCUGGAGCAGCUAAUCAUUUUGGGACAUGGAGCUUUGGAAUAUGACUGAUGUGCCAGGCAAGCCAUUCUCACCUCUGUCUAACUGCACUGUGGACACCAGCUACCGCUUCACCUUCUAUCAGGUGUCCUACGGGGUCAUCUUCCUGCUGGGGUUGACCACCAACAGCCUGGCUCUGCGCAGACUGUGUUUAUCUCCCUGCACCAUGAACAGCACCGUAAUUUACAUGGCCAGCCUGUCAGUGGCUGAUUUGUUUUUUCUAAUCUCUCUUCCCCUGAGAAUCUACUACUACCACCAAAAGGCCAGAACCUUGUCCUCCAAAACUGGAGACCCAUCGGGUUGGUCUCCUGGGAUGCCGUUCUGCCACCUCGCAUUCACCCUCAAAUACAUCAGCCUGUACGGAGGCAUCUUCUUCCUCGUCUGCAUUGCUGUAGACCGUUAUUUUGCUGUAGUGCACCCGCUGGCGUCCACACUCCGCAGGCUGCGUGCUGCACAGCUGGUGAGUGGGGGGAUCUGGUGCCUGGUGCUGGGGCUCAGUGUGAGUCUGCCUCUGCUGCGCUCUGCAGUAUCUCACCAACAACAGCCCUGUCUGCUGGACCCAUCCUCGCAACGCCACCGCGCCAUCAUCCUGGUAUCUCUGGGCUUAGUCACGGGCUUAUUUCUGCUGCCCACUCUGUUACUUCUCUGCAGCUACUGCAGAGUGCUGAGAGUGCUUCGCCAGCCGAGACACCGCUCCCGCAGCCGUCAGCACACUCUAACGGUUAUUUACUGGGUGCUAGGCGUCUUCCUGCUGUGUUUCGUCCCCUAUCACAUCAACCUUCUGGGAUACACCCUCACACAUGUGGGGCUGCUGCCCCAUUGUGGCCUGGCUAAGGUGACCAAGGCUGUGCACCCAGUGGUGCUAUCGUUAGCAAGCUCCAACUGCUGCCUCAACCCACUCAUCUACUAUUUCUCCAGCAGCCUGGUGCACAAGGAGGCGCCCGGUGGUGGAGGGAGCGGCAGCCACUGACUGAGACUGUUUCACACCACAACUGAUGGAGACGUUUUCUUAUCAUCUUAAUCCACUACUUAACUGACAGAUUCACUCAAUACACCAGGACUGUGUCUAUU